UGUGGGCACGGAAUUCGGAAGAGCGGCAACUUCAGUGGCAUUCGUUUGCGAACCGCGGUACGGUGUGGCUCGCGGUUAUUUCGUAUAUUCGAUUCUAAUUUCAAUUCUUUGGUUUCGUAGUGUUUCAAUCUUUGACAUAAUACGAAUCAAGUGAUUUUUAACAUACAAUUAAUCACUGUUACCUUACAAAAUAGAAGUUCUUUGAUAAAUCAAAAAAAAGGAAGAAAAUAUACUAAGAAAUUUCUCCGAAAUUUUUGUGCCUAAAUUAUCAAUUGUGAUCGUGAAGAUCAAUUUAUAAUAGAUUUAUAAUUAAAGUAAAUAAGUUUAUAAGAAGAAACAAAAUAUCAAACAGUAUUUCAUCACGUUCCUUCUCAGUAAAACUCGUGGAAAGUACUGUACGCUUCGGUUCACGGUACACUAUUCAGAGGGACGGAACAAGAGAGAAGGAAUAAAGGAGAAAGAAAGAGAAGAGUCAUUUUAUCGAAGAAAGCUCACAAUCGAGCUUUUACAUUCUCAUCUUUUGACAUCUCGAUAAUCGAAAGUGAAUGAAUUCAAGUGGUGGCGCACUAGAUUGAAUUUUAAGGAAAACUGAACAUUUUAAACAUGAAGCUCAAAGGAACAUUUAUAUUGUUAAUUAUUGCUAAUGCAGUCUACAGUCAAAAUGCAACUGUAAUCACGAGCGACGAUGCUCUUCAAGGUUACGACCCUCUAUUCAUGGUCGGUUGUUACUUUCCCGCGGAAUUUCAGGGUGAGUUCGUGACACAGGUGAGCGGAAAGGAUACAGGCAAUGAACCUAUUCAAUAUUCUACUAUCAACAUCACGUUCAACGCUGUUCCCGUAUGGGGUUAUUGCCAUAGGAGGGUCGGCGAUAACGUGUUGCUAAUGGACAGAUAUGGUGAUGGUGACUGCAUCCGAUGCUUUCGAUUAUCAAGAAGAUCACGAAAUGUUAUAGAAGUAUUUUCUGAAGAUUUAAAUAGAUGUUACACUUCAGAAGCCACUGCUUUGGCUUCUUGUGAUAAAUUAAAUUCGACAUCGAUUUUAUAUCGUACUAGAGAAAUUGGAAAUGUUCCUAUUAGAAAUGAAUAUUGCCCAAUAACUGGCCAGUAUCAUUUUACAUAUAAUCUCAAUAAUGGAUCAGAUAAAACUAUUGAAUGUAACAGUUUUUCAUCUUCUUUUAACAAUUGUCCUGAUGGUUCAAUCUUAAGAUUACAUUUUAAUCGAUGCAACUUUGAAUCUUACACAAAUCUUACAUUUAAUUGCUUAGGCAAUUGGCCUGGUCCAAAUGGUUCUACUUAUUUUGCGUUAAUGGAUAACAGUGCAACUUAUGAAGGUAGACCACAAUAUAGAUGUGGAUUAUUUCAUGUUGACAAUAAAAAAGGAAAGACAUAUAUGGCACUCAGCAGUGAUUCCAGUUGUACACAAGAUCUAGAUAAUUCCACUAGUGGAUAUGAAACACUAAUCCUUAGUAAAGUUCCAAAUCAAAAAAAGAUGCCAAAUUAUGUGAAGACUCAUGUGGCAACAUUUCCAAAAUGGGCACAAGGUCUAUGGGAAGAAUCUCUUAUUGUUAAUGGUACUAUGACUUUCACUGAUCUUAAUGGAUAUAAUAGUUAUACAUUUAUUACCGUUGAUUCUAAUGAAGAAACUGGCCGCUAUAUUGUUUACUCCAAAAAUCAAUGUGAACAAGCAGCUUACGUAUGUUUAAUGAUGAGGCAACGAAGUGAAAAUGUAUUAGAAUUUGCAAUAGGAGUACUUUUAAGCCCAGUUUAUAAACCCUCAUUGUGCGACAAUCCUUUAGAUAAACCUGUUUGGAUGACACAAGCACGCGUUGAACGUGCAGUAGAAUCACCUUGUCCGAUUACAGGAGAAUAUAUGGGUAUGAUAACUGAUUUAUCAGGAAUGUGUGCUGAAUUAAGUAGUAAUUGUAACACUCGUGAAAUAAUGUAUUUUAAAGUUACUGAUUGUGAAUCUGGAGAACUUUAUGAAGAACGAGCAUACUUAUGUUUAGGACAAUGGGAAGAGAAAGGUGUAAUGUAUACAUAUACUAUGAGAAACGAUACUAGUACUAAUGAAUGUUUUGUUGGUUUAAUUGUAAAUGACGAAGAAAUCUAUAUCAAAGAAGCGGGAGAUCAUUGUAUGAGAAAUAUUGAUCCUAAAAAAGAAGGAAUGCGUCUAUAUAAGAAAGGUCAAUGUUAUGGAAAUUCCCCAAGUCCUGCACCAACACCAAUGAAACCAAUUCCUCACAAUCCAAUAAUGAGAAUCGCCACUACUCCGCGAUCGAGAGUUUCAGGUACCACUAAUAUAUCAGGAAACAAUAUUCCAUCAUUUGCUUCACACAAGAUCACUGCAUCUUAUAGUUUUAUGGUAUUUAUAAUGGUAAUUAUGUUUUUUAAAAAUAUUUAUACAUGUAUUUGAGUAUCAAUACUGCCAAUAAUAAUAAUUAAUUUAGUGAAUGAAUGCAAGACACAAAACAAAAAAAUAUU